GUUUCUUUUAUCAGUUAAUAAAUGGUACGUUUUCAAAAGAAUAUUACAUUUAUUUAAUCUGUUUAGUUCCAAUUUUCAAUAUUUAGGUUAAUUCAUAAAUUUACAAUGUUGAGUGUUUUAAAAAAAUUUUACAGUAGCAAUACGCCGGUCCCUAGUGGACCAGCAUCAGAAACUGGAGGUACAUUACCCAUUGAUUUAGAAGGUCGUCAUCGGCAAGUAAGGCAACGUUUAACUAACAUGACUGAUGAAGAAAGAGCUUUUCGCAGAAAAUUUCUUCAUUCUCAACACUUAAGUCCAGAUGAACCUAGGGUAGUACCGGAAAUGUAUGAGGAAUUAUAUAAUCCUAUUAGACGACUUUUCAGAGCACCAAUGAAUGCAUUUCAAGCUACAUUGGAACCUAAAUUAGGAGAACGAACAGCUUUCAACGUACGGUUCAUGACUGGAAAACUAUUAAUGGGAAUAGCUGUUGCUUAUAGUAUUACAUAUUAUUUCAUGUACAAUACUAACACUUGGGAAAGAAAGUCAGGUUGGCGAGUGCACUCUUCUCGUAUUGAGUCUGCACCAGGUGAUCCUGAUUUUCCAAGAGUCUCUGACCGCACAUUGCCCAAACAUUAUGCUGACAGAAACUUUAGUAACUCACCUAUUUAAUAUAGUCGUUGAUACAUUAUAUAUAUAUAUAUUUUUUUUUUGUUAAUUCAUUGAGUUAAUAUAAUUUGUAGAUUAAAAUGUAUUAAAAAAUAAAAUUUUACUGUCGAA